AUGCCAACGACUCAGCCCAACUGUACCAGUCGCAUGGACACAAGCUUUUCCACUGCCGUAUCUACAGCGUUCCUGAAGGCGCCCAACGUCGUUCCAGAAGGCUGGGUUGUGCACGCUCAUCCUGAAGGAUGGAUUUACUUUCACAACCCGAACCUUGGUGUUGUAACGGAAGAAGAUUUACGUAUACCAGAUGUCUACGAAAGAGUGCGUUCAGGCUGUUUGGGCUUGGCAGCGUCGGAGGAGUUGGGCUCCCUAGAGAUAUACAUGGCGACUGGAAACUCUGAAUCUCUCUUCUGCACGUAUAUCAACCACCAGGAGUGCAUCGCAUCAUAUGAUUCGUCCGAGGUUGAUGGUCGAACGCAACCAGACAUCUACAUGCGUACGCGGCAACAACGGUUGUACUGGACUUAUUUGAACAGGCACCCUUCCCAUGUGAAGACUCCAACAAGGGCGCAAGCGGAUGCCCUGGAUGCCUUGACAUGGUACUGCGUCGACAAUAUUGUAUCGGCACCAUAUAGUAAUGUACCAUUCUCCAAAGCCGAAUGCGAGGAUCUGCUGCGAUUACUACGAGAUCCUGAUGGCAUUCGGACUAACGACUCUCCGGCGCGUACCGUAUUCCUAUCAUGGAUCCUCCGGGAAGUCAACGCGUUUCGAGUGGCUAUUGACUACGGCUUGAAAACCCGUGUCGACUUCAGAACCCUCACGGCACCCAGACGAGCAGCCGGGGAAGGCACUUCGAGUGGCCUCAGCGCUGGGUGUUCUGCGAAAGGGGUUCUACUUGGACUCCUCAUGAACGGGCUGUGCUUUGGUGUUCCUUGGGCGUACCUGGCUCGGCUGAAUAGCACUCGCGAGUAUCGGGGCCGCUUGAACAAUCUACAUCGAAGCUGGGCACUGUUCAUCGAGCAGCUCGUUCGGGAAUACUCGGAUUUCAUCCUAAUUGCCACUGUCCUCCUUUCAGCUACGAUAUCAUUUCUGGCAUUGCCAGAGAUAGGAAGGGCCAGCAGGUCUGCCGCUAUCAUCAGCGUAUUCGCUAGCCUUGGCAGCAUGAUAGUUGGUUCAUUCUGCGUCUGGCGGCAUCGCUCCAACACGGGGCCGUCCAGCUCUUAUUCUUAUAUCUACAACGCUGAACAUAAUCCGCUCGGCUUGCACGGCCAUGCCAUUUUGCUCAGCCUACCGCUGGUCUUGCUGGCUUGGGCAAUUGUGGCCUUCGCAAUAGCUAUCACUACCUAUACCACGCAAGCGGUGUUCACAGAGACGAGAGUGGACUGGAUCAGCACCUGGGUGGUGCUCGGCGCGGCGCUGCUUAUUCUCGUUCUGGCGAUACUCAGCCUGUACACCUUUGCGCUGGCGUGGAAGUGGCGAACGGGUGUCCGCAGCCUUUUGUCCCGCCUUCGGAUCUGGAAGGGGAGGCGAGCGGAUCAUGACGGGCUUGGAUGCUACUGA